AUGAGAAGUGCAAUACAUAGAAGAGCUCACAUUUUUAAUAAUAAUAGUUAUGAAAAUGAAAAUAAUUAUAUUGAUGAAAAUGCUAAUAAUGCAAACUAUACCAAUGAAUACACCAGUACAAUAGAUUAUGGUGUUAUACAAUCUAUUUUUAAUAAUAAUCACCAAAUUCGGUUUAUAGAUUACAAAAAAGAGUUUACUAAAUAUAUACCUAUAGUCGAUAGUAGAGUAAUGAAUUCAUCAAACUCAUUGACUAUCGGUAGAGAAGUAGUAUGGGGUGUAGAUGAUACUUCGAAAACUCUAACAAUGUUUUUCGACGAUUGUAAUCUUGAAAUCAAUAAUAACAAUAGUAAUAAUAAUAAUAUUAAUAAUAAUAAUAAUAAUAAAAUAUCACAACAACAACCACCUACUACCAAUAUAAUUAACAAAUCGAUAUGGUUUAAAGAUCCAUUAAGAACAGAGUGUAUUGAAAAUCAAGGAUUCAAUGUUUACUUUGAUAUAGUUAACAAAGGUGAUCCAGAAGAUAAUACCAAUUGUUUCACAUUCAUUAUGCAUAUUACAUCACAUGUACCUAAAGAUAUUAAAUUAGGGUUCACUAAUAUUAUUUUUACACUUUACAUUACAUUUAAUCGUGAUAUCAAUAGUAAUUGUUUUAACAUUACAAUUAAAUCAUAUCAGCAACAAUCAAAAGAGAUUGUUCACAUUGAUAGAACAAUUGAAUUGUUAUUACCACAACAUAAUAAUAAUAAUAAUAAUAGCAGCAACUUAAUUGAAUCACAUAGUGUCAAUAUUGUAUAUAAUCCAUUCAUUAAAAAUCUAACAAUUCAACUUGAUAAACAAACGGUUAUCAAUCAAUUACUUUCAAUUCCAACAACAGCGACAACCAGUAACAACCAAAAUACUCUAUUUAAUUAUUUUGGAUUUUCAAUCAACUCUUUACCAACAAAGAAAUUCUGUUUGAAUAAUGUAAAUUUAGAACUUGGGAAUGCGUGUCAACUUCAAGGUUAUCCUUCAGAGAUGGAAAAUGCUGGUUUUGUCGUUGGAAAUUACCAAGAUACUGUCUCAAGAGAUCAGUUGAUCAAACGAUGUUUGGUCGGUGAUAUAGUUCUCAGAAGAUAUAUAAAGAGCUUUCUACCGCUGAUCUAUUUGCAUCCAAGUCAGAUGGUCACUCUUGGCAAUGCAAAUUGGCAACGGAACUCCCUCCAACUGACUCCUCCUUUGAGAUCGCAGAUCGGUAUUUGCUGGAGUAGAACCCGAUUGAAUAUUGGAUCUGGUUUCUUCUGCCGAUUCAAGAUGAGAAUGGAGCUGAAUGGUGGUGACGGAUUGGCUUUCGUCAUACAAAAUGCUCCCGCUGGAUGUAAUGCUAUCGAUUACAAACAGAUGGGUGGCUAUCUCGGCUACAAUGACCUGCCCAACUCGCUGGCAAUCGAAUUCGAUACCUAUCGUAACAACGACGAGCCAAACGACAGUCAUGUCUCGAUUCAAUCAAGAGGUACUCUGCCAAAUUCAUCGAGACAUCAAUAUAGUUUGGCUAAUAUCAGGGUAGACCAGCGGAUGAAUAACGGUCGACAACACGAUGUCAUUAUUUGUUAUAAUGGUGCAUCUGGAUCACUCGAUAUUGUAAUCAACAACUACAGAUUGACUACGGUACUAAAGGAUUUAGGUCAAUAUCUUGGAUUGCACAAUGAUAAACAAGCAUUCGUUGGAUUUACAGCAUCAACUGGCGAUGCCUAUCAAAGCCAUAUCAUUGAACAGUUUGAAUUGUAUAAAUUAUAA